AGACUCCCUUCACAUUCACUUACCCACAAAAAAUCAUCCGCGAUACUCCAAGAAGAAUAGUUCUUUCUCAAUACUGCGACACACGUAAGUAACUUAUUCAGAGGACUGCCCUGGGAGGGCAGGCGAACACACGAUCGAAGACAGGAAUUGUAGCCGGAUGGUAAUUAUACUCUUGCUCACUUGUUUUUGUGAACUUCCGGUGCUCACGCUAUCAAAAUCAUCUCGCAUCGGCGUUUUCGCUCCAUCCAUCUUCGUGCCAACAUAGUUCACAAUCCAAUUAUUCCGAUCCUCCCAUCGCUCAUUUCCACAAACGAGACUCAUACUACAACCAAAACAGACGCACAACCUAUUCCAUAACAUUCCGACCACGAUGGACCAUCACAACUACAACGAAGCCUUUGCGACUCCUCUCAAGCGAAAGCUUCCGCAACAACGAAACACCGAUACCGACGUUCUCGUAACCCCGACUCUUGCCUGGGAAGAUUCCGAUGCCGAAACGCUGUCGGUGGGAAGCACCUCGCAAUCGUCGUCCCCACCCGCAACUCCCGUCUCGUGUCCGCCGACCCCCGUCUCGUUCACGAAGAAACGCCGGCUCGCCGACGACGCUCUGGUCUAUUCCACCCCACCCUGCAACGUACCGGGGCCCCUCCGAAGCGGUCUUUCGCGGCGCCCGCCUCCUGCCGUUCCCCGCCUGGCGAUGGACCUCUCUCGAUUGGGCGAAGACGGGCGACGAGACGAAGAAGACCUGUCCUUCCUGGCGUUCCCAGCCCUUUAUGAGGACGCUGGUAUUCCCGCUCCAUCACCAGAGGACGGCCUUCCAAGUCGGGCAUUUGCGCUGGAACCGCGUCCCAACAACGGGUUCCCAGCCCUUCMGAAGCGUUUGUUCCAAGACGGGACCAACACGAUCGCCAGCGAUCCCAGCAGCAGCAGCAGCAACAACAACAACAACGACGAGGGCCUCAGUCGGCUGCCACGACUCACCAGCCACACAACCGAUGUGGAAAGCAGCGCCGAUCGGUGGUUCCCCUCUCUCCGCAUGCGUCCCACCCAUCCGCGCAAGCGACGGUGCGAGCGAAAGCGCAUGAUGGCCGACCUCACCAUGCCGUCUCUGGACGACUCGGUGGUCCCAUCGUCCCCCCUGCUCCGCAACCGGUCCGAGCCUGUUGACUCAUACUCCGUUGCUGCCUAAAACGGAAGGCGCACACUAUAACACAGUACAGUACAGUACAGGGCAGUACGGUGCAGUCCAACGCCAGGAUGAAUUGAACGGAGAGUACAUUUCUCAUGGCAAGGUGGUGAAGACGAAGGCUAGUUCGUACCAAACCACAGUGAUCAAGCACCCAGACAAAAGCUUCGGAAGCUGCUUCAUCGCGGAACUAAAAGAUACGGCCAGGCGGACAUGACGUUCCGCGCGUUCCUUUCCAAUGAUUUUGUCGCUCCACAAACACGAUUGAGAUGCGUUGUGAAACGGAAGCAAACAACGUUUGAAUUUUCAAACAGCAGAGCUACCCUUUACCCACCCGAGAGCCAGCCUGCCAAACAAUCAAUGGUGGUUUGGCAGAAUCGGAAACCAUGUUAUAUCAUUGGGAGAGGGAGCCAUUCUAACUGUACGGCAACGCGAUUGGAAAGCAAUCAAUGCGACUGCUGUUAUUUGCAACCAUGACACGAUCAGAUAAUUCUUACAGUAAAAUUUAAAAAUGAACUAUUAUCACGCAAUCAAAACAAAGCAUUAAU